AGUCGUCCAGUGAAUCCUACUCCUGCACAAGCUGGUGGUGUACCUACCUCCCCGUCGACACGACCCACCAACCCCACCCCCCGUCAAGCAUCGACUGUCUUGAGCAAUGAAAGUGUUUUAGAUUCCCCCCGUACCAAACAAUCUAUAGUCCGAAGUUCGACUUUAGAAUCAUUGUUGGAAAUGCAACAUGAAGUAUUGAGUUCAGAUGUUACGUCAUCAAAGACAUCUUGUGAUAAUCAUGACAAUUUACCCAACGUUAUCAUGGGUGGAAAACCUGGUGCUCUACCAAACUCUCAGUUUUUAAAGAUAGAGGAUCCUGUCCGACGUAAAGUUCAAACUGCUUCUGUUAUUGGAAAGAACAACACAAGAGGUUUUGAGCUUUCUCCACCAGAGGUGGACAUGUGGGUACUUAAAGAAGGUCACACGUAUGUACAUUCGGUGAUAUUAAGGAACAUUGGUAUUGAUAGCUGUAGAUUCAAAGUACGACAACCUUCUCCAUCGACUGGUAUCAAAGUUUUGUUUAAUCAUGGUCCUGAUUUUGAAACUGACAGCGUAUUUUCUCAAACAGUGAUGCUUAGUCCAAACGUUCCUCGUAAACAUAUUGAUGGUUUGCAAAGGUUUGUGGGAUGGAGUGAAGACAACCGUGGUGUCGAUUUUUAUGUAUUACAGGACAAGCAGGGUUCAAGACCAAUCGUCGAUAACAUGAGAAUGUUCAUAGUUGUAAAAUCAUUAAUCACCUGUCCCAAAGUCUUGGUUUUUGAUCAUGUUGUUUAA